UUUUUUUUUUCUUUUUCUUUUUUCUUUUUUUUUUAUUUAUCUCCCUUCUUAUAAAAAAAAAAAAAACUCCCGUCAAUGUUUCGUAAAUCUGUCUCGAUUGAUUUGGUGGAACCAGUGGUUUGUUUACGAGGACAGCCUAAAGAUAAACAGACUAUAAAUAUACUGCGUGGUGCAAUCAGACUAGGAUUGUCUCAUUCAUCCAUUGUACACAGCAUCACUGUUCAAUUUAUUGGUACAUCCAAGACACUCUGGCCCGAAGCUUCCCAGCAUUGGGAUAAGCAUAUUUUGGUAGAUUCCACUAUUCCCAUUUCUAAAAAUUCACUGUUACUCAAAAAAGGUACACACGCCUUCCCAUUUGAGAUUUUGUUGUCCAAUGCGCUCUCAGAAUCUAUCGAAUGCGGACUUGGACAUAUCCGUUAUAAACUCCUCUGUCAGGUGCAUGUGAAACCAAGAUUCCUCCUCAUCAAAUCUAUCCUACGUUCUCAAAAACAGGUGGUUCUCAUCCGUCUACCUAGUCAAGAAAUACAGCAACAACAAUGUAUCACACAAACACAUGUGAUUAAUGACACGGGUGGUCAACUCACACUCAACAUUGAACGAGGUCAACUUAUACCUGGCAUCUUCUUACCCAUCACUUUUCAUUUUAAUGGUAAAUGUGCUGUCAAAGCCAUUGACCAAUUAUCCGUUAAAUUAAUCGAACGUCAAAAAUACAAGGCACCAUCGAUGCAAACUACCCGUAUCUUACACCACGAGAUUGCCUUAUCACCUCCAAAUAACACCAACUUGUCAUUAACGGAAUUGGCAAAUGACACAAGCAGUGAGAUACGCAUUGUUUAUGUGGUACCAGAUAAACAUACACUCAAAGUAAGACCCUCCACAUCUCAUCCCAACAUUCGCGUGCGCCAUUGGAUACAAAUCUACACCAGGUUACGUUUAAAGGAUGGUUCAAUUAAGGAUCUGCAGAUGGAUGCACCUAUUUCCGUUUUACUAUCAUCCAUGGACGAUUAUUUAACCUUACCCGUAUACAAUCAAAAAGAAGAAACAUCAGCAGCAUCAGCAUCAGCAGCAUCAGCAGCAGCUGACAGUACUCCUUCCAACCUAACAACCACAAAUCCUACUGUAUCGCAUGCAUUAUCCUCUACAUCUAUAGCAUCAUCAUUAGCUUCCUCUAUGAGACCUAACCUAUGGCUGAAAAAGCUAUACCCUAUUAAAAAUACCAGUAAUCGAAUAUUGGAUGAUAAAGCAUAUCAUGGCACAAACAAUAAUUUAAUGCUCUUAAUGACCGCUCCUCCCCCGCUUUACGAAGAUGUACACUAAAUAAUUUUUUUUUUAUCGCAAAAAAAGAAAAUAAGCGAUAAGAUAAGGUUAUCUUACUAUUGUAUACUGUUAC